CCGGCCAUUUUGUCCACCCCUACUUGCUCUAAUAUCUCUUGGAUUUUCCUCCUUCGCAACUUCGCAUCCAUUACAGCUUGGUGCUUACUCUGAGCGUCACGCUCAUAUUUAUCGUAUAUUUGUCGAUUUUUUUGUGUUGAAUAUCACCGAAUUGCACCUUCAUCAGGAAUUUAGAGUCUAUUUUCCCGUUUUUGGUAGCAACAAUGUCGUUCAAUCGUGGUAUAAAGAGGAAUUCAUUCGGUAAUAAUCGAAGUCCUUUUAACCGAGGGAGCGGCGGUGGCAAUGUUGGGGUUGGGGGUGGAAUGGGUGGCUCUGGAGGUGGCAAUCCUGGUAAUCGAGGAGUCAGCCCAUGGGAAAGCGGAGUAAUGCCAUCAGGAAGGGGAAUUCUACCAACACCGAAUAACAAUCUCUCCCUGAAUUCACCACAGGCACAGCUGGUUAUCGCUAGCAAUCUUUUGAGCAAUUUAUUGAGGACUCAGCAGGACUCUUCACCACCGGUACCAUCGUUGCUGAGCCUGAGCAACAAUAUGAACGGCCCUAACUUCCGAGGACAGCAGGGCUUCAGCUCGCCCACAGGUCGCUUCAACGACAGACAGAGCCGAGGGAACUCGAUGAAGAUUCAACGAUCUCAACCCUACAACAAGAUGGGUAACCGUGCCCGCGACGGAGUCGCCGGCCGACGUGGCCCAUCCGCACAACAAUCUCGUGCCCCAUCCCAGUCCGGCAAUCAGCGUGCCGAUGGAAAGCAAAAUCAGCAUCGCAACGAUAAAAACUCUAAAGCAAAUGCUAAACAAAAUCAGACGUCCAAAACGGAACAGCAGGAUGUUAAGAACUCUGAUAAUGAAAUGCUGAAAACCGAGACAGUUGCUAAAAGCAACGAGAAAGCAGGUGAGACAGAUGACAUCAAGAUCAAAGUUGAGACUGAGAAUGAUGGUGAUAUUGAGAUGGAGACUUCGCAGAUGGAGAAAACAACGGAUGAGGGGAAAGAGUCUGGUGAUAAGACAUCGUCUCCUGAGAAGAAGAAGGAUGAUGGCAGUAGCAAGAAGUCUGAGGCUAGGCAUGCGGAGAGUCGUUAUGCUGCUGUUGCCAUUAGUCAGAUGUUCUGUCAUGUUUGUAAUAAGCACAUGUGGGAUGGCUUUUCCUUUGAAAAUCAUCUGCGGGGACGUGCCCAUCAGCUCAUGAUGGAUAAACUCGAUGAGUCCUACAAGCUCAAGGUCGAUCUUAUGCGCCACGAGUUGAGGGUCUCUGAAGAGCAGCGGGACAUGAGUUUGACCAACUCCAAACGCCGGGGUAAAAAGGUCUCAGUGGAUCUGAACGUUCGUGAGUACUGCACGAUGUGUGACCUGAACUUCUAUGGAACGUUGUCCAGUCACAGAAAGAGUGACAAACAUCAACAGCUGAAGACUUUCCUGCAUCCUCGCUGUCACCCUUGCGUCAAGGAAUUCCCCUCGAGAAUAGAAUAUGAUGAGCACUGUCUGACGCCGACUCACAUGCUGGCAGCAUCGCAGGACGAGCAGAAGAAGUCUAAGAAGGUGAAGCUCCCUAAGGGAGAGUCAGAGGUUCGCACUGCUGAGGACGAGGAGAACGAUUCAGGGACUCCCUCGAAGCCCACCGAUAAAGACGAGGAUCUCACAGAUGAGACCGACUAUAUUACAGAUAUACAGGAGAAUAUGGAUUUGACCGUGUUGAAGAUUCCAACAUUCAAGUAUUGUCGAAACAAACAGCUACCCCUUGGUGCAUCCCUUGUAAAGGAAGUCCAAGGAUUCCACUGCGAGAAGUGCAAGCGUUUCAUGCUGACCCAAGAGGACAUGAAUGCUCACUUGAAGACUACGAUUCACUACAGGAAUUUUUUCAGCGAGAUCAAGGCACUCACUGCGCUAUCAUCUGAAGAGAAGGCCAAAGCAGCAUCCGAAGGGAAGGAAGAAGAGGCUGCAGCCACUGAGGAUGGUGAGAGGGAAUUAAAACGCCCGAGGCUUGAAGACGACACAGAGAAUGAGAAAUCAACCGAAGAGGAAAAAGCUCCUGAGCUGGAGGAGUCAGUCGAUGAAAAAGGUAAGGAAGAGGGUGACGACAAGUACGAUCCUCUGGAGGCUGCCGAAUCGGACGAGGAGAAAGAUAAAACAGAGAUGGAUGUGGAAGAGGACGUUUCCAAGAAGGAUGAUGAAAAAGCUGCUGAUGUCUGGGAGGAUAUUGAUAAUGAGGAUGAAUCGGAAGUUGGAAAUUUGAUUGAUGGCGAUGAGAAGACAGAGGCUGCACCGGAGACCCCACAAACUCCUCAGAUCAAACCACAGCCCCAGAAUACAUCAACACCAGCUGUUUCUGCUUCUUCAACAACUCCAGCUGUUUCAACACCUGCAACAGCUCCAGCAACUCCAGCACCUGCAAUAACACCGGCCACUGCAGCCACUCCAUCAACACCGACUGUCCCUGAUCCUCCAAUUAUCACUAAAACCCCCACGAAUCAAAUGCCCAAUCACUCACCCAUGAACAAUUCUGGAAACAACUCAGCGAAUAAAAAUCGUGGAAGGGGUUACCGUGGGGGCGGUGGCAGGGGACACCAACGGGCUAGACGAUCUCGUCGAUAAACAAUUCAAUUGAAUUAUCAGAGCUGUAAAGGAGAAACUAUAAUCCCCGAUUGAGAUGAAUUGUAUCAUUAACCCUUUCGCUACGAGUGGUGACUAUGGUCACCCAAUGCCAUGCAUACUUUUGGCGUGACGGCUCACUCAGCGAGUAGCGCGCCCAUGAAUGCGUCCGUAGCGAAAGGGUUAAUUGAGUCAACGCUAGAAUGCAAGGAGUUUAAUUGAAUAUAACCGGACGGAAAUAAAUAUGUAAACGAUUAUACAUUUUUAUAAUGUGCAGUUUGCGCUCACUACCCAAUAGGGCUUAGAAUUUUCUUCAAUUUUUAAUCGAUGAUAGAAUUAUUUUUUCUUCUGACCAUUAACCUCGUGACUAGAAAUGCGAAAGACAUUUUUUGUCUUGUGUGUUAUUAAUUGUGACGACAGGACGUGAAGUUUCAUUCCGAGUACAUAAAUGAAUGUCACGUAUUUCAUUAAUUUCUCUUCUGUAUCAUGAAAGUCAAUAUUAAAUAAAUCAAUUAUGCUAAAUAAA